AUGCGUAAACCUACUGUACAUACCAUUCAACAACAUACUGUACACACAUGUCUGAAGCUGGUGUGGGUGUUUGACCAUGAUUUAUUCUCUGGUUGUUUGGCGUGCGAGCGGGCUGACUGGAACAACAGGAGUGAUGGGACAACCGGAGAAAAGGGAGAGCGAGGUUCUCCUGGUGCUUUGGGUCCUCCGGGAGAGAAAGGGUCAAUGGGUUAUCCAGGUCUUCCAGGGGGUCCUGGGGAUUUUGGCCCACAAGGCCCACCAGGUCCUCAAGGGUCACGUGGACCUGCAGGUGUUCCCGGACUGAAAGGACGCAGGGGCCCAAGAGGUGCUGACGGACCUCUAGGUGAACCAGGUCCUGAGGGCGUGAAGGGUGAAAAGGGAUCUCCAGGAAAUAAAGGAGCUCCGGGGUUUAUCGGUAAAGCUGGAAGUCCAGGGAAGAGAGGACCACCAGGACCACCAGUAAGUGUCACUGUGAUGUGUCUGUAUGUGUGUUUCAGGAACUAUAAGUACUGUAGUGAUACUAACUUGAAGGGACAGUUCACCCAAAAAUGAAAAUUCUGGAAAAAUGUGGGAUGAGAUCUGCUCGGUUACUGACAUUCUUACAAAUAUCUUUCUCUGUGUUCAUCAGAACAAAUACAUUUAUACAGGUUUGGAACAAUAUGAGGGUGAGCAAAUGAUGACAGAAUUUUCAUUUUUGGGCGAACUAUCCCUUUAACAGCUAACAUAGUCAAGCAACUAACUAUUAUAGGUUUUUUAUGCAGUGUGAGGAGCCGAGUUCUUUUAUACUGUAGUUCUUCAGAUCUUUAGGUCUCUGAGAGAGAGAUGUGUGAUGGUUUGAAUGUGUGUGCUGCUCUUAUGAGCGCACAGCGCCCUCUAGUGAGACACACACAAACUGUGCAGAGCCAGAUAGAGAAAAUCUUUGUGUGUGUGUGUUACAGGCUUCUGGUCUGUGGUUCUCUCUCC